AUGCAGGCCCAGCGUGGACACCUCGACCGUGAGAACGGAGACCUCGAAGUCGGAGUUGCAGACCUUCUCCAGCAGCGCCCGGACGCGCACCACUCGGCGCCCCUCCCUCAGCCGCCCGCAUGGCUCGUCAACUGGGAGCGCAAGCGUCCCGCCCUCCUCGUCGAGUGCCUCGCUGAGGCCAUCGGCGUCUUCAUGUAUGUCUUCCCGGGACUCGGCGCAUCCGCCGCUUUCCUCGUCACCACCGUCGCCAAGGAGCCCGGAUUCGGCGCUCUCCUCAACAUUGGUAUCGCCUAUGCCCUCGGUAUCGUGUUCGCUAUCGUCGUUGCCGCGCCUACUUCGGGUGGUCACCUCUCGCCUUCCUUCACCCUCGCUUUCGUCGUCUUCAAGGGCUUCCCGAUCCGCAAGGCGCCCUUCUACAUGCUUUCGCAAAUCCUCGGUGGCUUCGUCGCUGCGCUCGCGGUCUACGGCAUCUACAAGCAGCAGCUCGACGCCGUUUCCGCCGGCUUUGUCAAGCUCGGCAUCGCACCCGAGAUCUUCUCUGCCAGCGGCCCCGCCGGUGUCCUCGCCCUGUUCCCUCAGCCCACUCAGGCGCUCAAGUGGGUCUUCAUGAACGAGUUCUUCGCCAACAUGUUCCUCGCGAUCCUCGUCUUCUCCGUCCUCGACCUCUGCAACUUCUUCGUCUCGAUCCCCGUCGCGCCGUUCGUCAUCGGUCUCGGCUACUUGUGCAUCAUCCUCGCGUUCGCCGUCAACUCGGUCGCCCUUAACGCCGCUCGCGACGUUGGUGGCCGCUUCGCUUGCGGUGUCAUCUACGGCUCGAAGUGCUUCACCGCCAACUCGGGCUACACCGCGCUCGCCGCGCUCACGACCUUCCCCGCGACGCUCAUCGGCGCGCUCAUCCACACGCUGUUCCUCUCCGACACGGCCCGCAUGAUCGUCAACGCCCCUCCCGCGAUGGCCGAGCAGGUCUCGCUCUACAACGAGUCGAGGGGAUUCCCGCCUGUUGGACGCUCCAUCACCCGCGAGUCGGUCUACCGCGACCAGAACGGCAUGCCCCUCAAGGCCUAA